AUGACAUCCAUACGCCAAAACACACGCUGUCACCUUGUUCUUGCAGCAUGUUCCAUCUCGCUGGUGCUCGUCUUCUUGGGCCUGCGCACUUCCAAUUAUACGACGCCCAGAUGGGGCUUGUCUCAAUCGCAGCAGACGCCUCAAGUUCAAAAUACGGACAUUGCUCGAGCGGGGAAUGGAACACUUGGCUUCGAAAAGGUCCUUGUUCUUGGGCUUAAGGAACGUACCGACAAGAGAGAUGCAAUGAUCUUGUCGAGUUCGUUGACGGGCUUCGAAGUGGAGUUUGUUGAUGCUGUUAAAGGCGAGGAUGUUUUAGACAAGGCUCGACCGGCAGGGUUUACAAUGAGUGGAGGAGUACUGGGAUCGUGGCGGGCACACAUAAAUGCAAUUCGAAGUGUCCUCGAACGAAAACUAUCGUCAGUGCUUAUCAUGGAAGACGAUGUCGAUUGGGACGUCCGAAUCCAAUCCCAGAUGCCCGAAUUCGCCAAAGGAGUGCGUACCGUAUCCGGGGUCCCGCUCACCGAGCCCCAGGAAUCUCCCUACGGCGAUGACUGGGAUAUUCUAUGGCCCGGCCAUUGCGGAGAGGUGGGCCCGGAAAAAGACGAGCCCAUCUACAUAAUCAGCAACGACGCGACCGUGGCUCCGAAAGAGCACCAACCCUGGCUGAAGAUGCUGAAAGAUUAUCCCGAGGGCACCCGCAUCGUGCACAGGGGUAUCGCGCCCAUCUGCGUGUUUUCGUAUGCGGUGUCUCGUCGGGGGGCACAGAAGCUCAUGGCGUCGUUGGCGACAAAAACAUCGUAUGACCUCGCGUUCGAUAACCAGUUGGCGUUCGCGUGUAAAGAUAAGCUGCUGGACUUGAAAUGCUAUUCGGUGGAGCCUAUGCUGUUCUUUCAUCAUCGACCUGCUGGAUCUAUCAACAAAGACAGCGAUAUCGCAGGUUCGAAGCCCGAGGAUGCUGAUAAUAUUCGGGAGAAGGGGAUUACGGAGAACAUUGUUUGGAGCGCGAGGUUGAAUCUGGAGAAACUGAUUGCAGGAAGCAGGGACUAUGUUACGCAGUGGUGA